AGAGCCUGGAUCAUGUGUGGCCAUCUUAGGAGGUCACUCCCACACGUGGUCCAUUAUCUUCCCACUCCUCCAGGCCACUGUGGGCAUCAACUGAACCUGAGUGGAUAGUCUGCCUUAGAAUGACGGAAUGGAUUCUGGCAGGUAGAGGAAAAUGGAGACAGAGACACCAAAGACUGUGCCCACUCCAGUGGGGAGAAUCUGACCUAGGCAGGAACAGUGAGGCUGACAAUCAAGGAGGGAAGGAUCUAGCACAUCACACACUGGUGCUCCUGCACGUGCUGUUCGAGCACGCGGUCGGCUACGCGCUGCUGGCGCUGAAGGAAGUGGAGGAGAUCAGCCUGCUGCUGCCGCAGGUGGAGGAGUGUGUGCUGAACCUGGGCAAGUUCCAUAACAUCGUCCGUCUCGUGGCCUUUAAUCCGUUUUCUUCGUCCCAGGUUGCCUUGGAAAAUGCAAAUGCGGUGUCCGAAGGCGUCGUUCACGAGGACCUCCGCCUGCUACUGGAGACACACCUGCCAUCCAAGAAGAAGAAGGUGCUCCUGGGAGUGGGGGACCCCAAGAUCGGUGCUGCUAUCCAAGAGGAACUGGGCUACAACUGCCAGACUGGAGGGGUCAUAGCCGAGAUCCUGCGAGGAGUUCGCUUGCAUUUCCAUAAUCUGGUGAAGGGUCUGACUGAUGUGUCAGCAUGUAAAGCCCAGCUGGGGCUGGGACACAGCUAUUCUCGUGCCAAAGUCAAGUUCAAUGUAAACCGGGUGGACAACAUGAUCAUUCAGUCUAUCAGCCUUCUGGACCAGCUGGAUAAAGACAUCAACACUUUCUCCAUGCGUGUCAGGGAGUGGUACGGCUAUCACUUCCCGGAGCUGGUGAAGAUCAUCAAUGACAACGCCACCUACUGCCGCCUUGCCCAGUUCAUCGGGAACCGAAGGGAGUUGAAUGAGGACAAGCUGGAAAAACUGGAGGAGCUAACGAUGGAUGGAGCCAAAGCUAAGGCCAUCCUGGAUGCCUCGCGGUCAUCCAUGGGCAUGGACAUCUCUGCCAUUGACUUGAUCAACAUCGAGAGCUUCUCCAGCCGCGUGGUGUCGCUGUCGGAGUACCGCCAGAGCCUCCACACUUACCUGCGCUCCAAGAUGAGCCAGGUCGCCCCCAGUCUAUCAGCACUCAUUGGGGAAGCGGUGGGUGCACGUCUCAUUGCUCACGCUGGCAGCCUUACCAACCUGGCCAAGUACCCAGCAUCCACAGUGCAGAUCCUUGGGGCUGAAAAGGCCCUGUUCAGAGCCCUGAAGACAAGGGGUAACACACCAAAAUAUGGACUUAUUUUCCACUCCACCUUCAUUGGCCGUGCAGCUGCCAAGAACAAAGGCCGCAUCUCCCGCUACCUGGCCAACAAAUGCAGUAUUGCCUCGCGAAUCGAUUGCUUCUCUGAGGUACCCACAAGUGUAUUUGGGGAGAAACUUCGAGAACAAGUUGAGGAGCGACUAUCCUUCUACGAGACUGGGGAGAUUCCACGCAAGAAUCUGGAUGUCAUGAAGGAAGCCAUGGUUCAGGCGGAGGAGGCAGCCGCAGAGAUCACCCGCAAGCUGGAGAAGCAGGAGAAGAAACGCCUGAAAAAGGAGAAGAAGCGCCUGGCAGCGCUGGCGCUGGCAUCUCCGGAGACCAGCAGCAGCACCCCGGAGGAGUGCGAGGAGGUACAUGAAAAACCCAAAAAGAAGAAAAAGCAAAAGGCCCAGGAGGUUCCUCAGGAGAAUGGAAUGGAAGAGCCAAUGGUCUCUUCCAAACCCAAGAAAAAGCGAUCUUUUUCCAAGGAGGAGUUGGUUAAUAGUGAUGUGGAAGAGACAGAGGGCAACGCAAGCCCUCCCAAGAGGAAGAAAUCCUCAGCCCAGGAGGAGGUGGUGGUGAACGAUGUGGAGGAGGCAGGCAGCAGGAAGGUUUCCAAGAAAAAGCGCAAGUUCUCUUCCAAGGAGGAGCCUGGUAGCAGCAGCCCUGAAGAGGCUGCUGGCAGCAAGAGCAGCACCAAGAAAAAAAAAAAGCUCCACAAGGCCUCCCAGGAAGACUAGCACGGACACUGCUUGGAGGGUACCCACCCCCCCAAGGCAACCCUUCCCAACCUGUGCCUCCACCCCAAUAAAAAACGAAAUCACAA